CUGGAAACAAGUCACUCUUUUUUGGUUGUUGCUGUCGGGUCGUUCGACGUUCACUCUCAAACUUCAGCAAACAAUGCCCGGCGAAAUCACCGUGAAGGCACGCUUUGGCCUGGACUUUCGUCGCUUCACGUUCCAGCCCCCCACGACUGCACCCCUUGCAUCUCUGCGCGCGCGCAUCGGCUUCUUCUACCAGCGCAGCAACGUGGAGUCGCUUGUGAUUACCGAGGCCGACUAUCCUGAGCUUGGCGCGCUGUCGACCGACGCGCAGCUCGAGGCCGCCAUCAACCGCGCCGGCCGCGACGUUGUCGGCAACCGUGUGAUUAAGCUUGUGGUUGUCGCUCCCCACCAGCAGCAGCAGCAGCAGGCUCAGGCGCAGGCUCAGCAAUUGUGCUCUGACAUGUCGUCAUCGUCGUCGUCGGCAUUGGUGUCGCCGCUGCCCGCGCUCGCGUCCCUCGUGGCCGCCGCCGCCUCAGCCGUGGCCGCCGCCGUCAACCCCAACCCUGCGCCGGCGUGCAGCCACCAGCAUUCGCAGCAGCCCCAGGACGGCUCGGCGGGCAGCGGCAGCAGCGUCAGCAGCAACAGCGGUCCCGUCUCGCCAAAGCUCACGUCAUCAGCCUCAGCUGCUUCCUUCUGCUCGUCCUCGACCUCGACCUCGACCUCGGCCUCGGCCUCCCCCCAAAACAAGGCGGCUGCGACGACCACCACGACCACGGGCGCCGUGGCUGCGGACACCCAGAGUGCCAGCGCGACCGCGAGCGAGAUUGUAGCGCUUGCCGUGCCCGCCAUUGUGCGCGGCGUCCUUGCCGCUGUCUCUGCCGCCGUCCCUUCCGCCUCCACCACCACCGCCGCCGCCGCCGCCACAACGACCGCUUCCGCCACGAAUGCAGGUGCGCUCCACCCGCGCGUGCAGUGCGACGGCUGCCGGAGUGCCAUUCGUGGCAUUCGCUACAAGUGCGGACACUGCUCAGACUUUGACCUGUGCGCCGCUUGCGAAGGCACGGUCGCGCACGACCCGACCCAUCUGUUCAUCAAGAUUCGCCACCCCAUUGUUGGCCGUCAGCUGUCGACCCAGGAGCCGCUGCUGCCCCCGCUCGUGAGCGAGUACGCGACCGACAGCGACCUCGAGUCUCAGAACGCUCACGUGCACGGCCACCGUUCUCAUCACGGACAUGGUCAUGGCCAUGGCCACCAUCGCCACCACCACCACCAGCAUCAGCAGCAGCAGCAGCAGCAGCAGCAAGCGAGUCAUCCCCAGACUGGCCAACGCCAGUGCCCGUAUCUUGCUCAGAAGGAACGCGAGGCCGCCACGCAGGCGUUUGUUGCCGUGGCCAAUGGCGCCCUGCCCACCUUCACUCCUGCUCCCGUUGCCAACGUUUCCAACGCUGCAACUCCGACGUCGACGACCCCGGCUGUUGUUGCUGCCGCUCCCCUUCCCGUUCCCGUUCCCGUUCCCGCUCCCGCCAUCUCGCCCUCGUCCGUGUGUGUGACCUCUGCCCGCGCCCCCGAGCCUGUCCAGCUGCCCAUCAUGAACAUGACCUUUGUCGACGAUGUCAACCUGCAGGACGGCUCUGCCGUGGUGGCCAACAGCGAGUUUGACAAGUUCUGGCGUCUCAAGAACACUGGCACUGAGGCUUGGCCCGAGGGCACUCGCAUUGUCGAGGCGACCAGCAUUUCGGCCGCGCUGCGCUGCGCCCCGAACGCGCCAGUCCAGAACCUGGGCGGCGUUGCUCCUGGUGCCUUUGUCGUGGUCGGCGUCAAGCUGGUUGCCCCCGCUGUCGCUGGUCGUCGUGCUGCCUACUUCCACCUCGCGCAUGGCGAGCCCGCGCAGCGCUUUGGCGACAACCUCUGGUGCGAUGUGCUCGUGACCCCCGCUCCCGUUCAACCGAUCGCGCCUCCCGCUGCCGCCGUUGCUGCUCCCGCCUCCGUCAAGGCUCCCGUCGCUGAAAUUCCCCGCUCGCUGCCUGCGCCCUUGAUCCCUGUGCCCGCUCCUCUUCCCGUUGCAUCUGCUGCCACCACUCCUUCGGUCGCGAGCGAUGAUGACGGCUUUGUUGUUCUGCCCGGCAGCAACGACAAUGGCGACGAUGAAGCUGAUGGCGACCACGACCAUGACGACGACGACAACGACGACGACAACGACGAUGGCAACUACGACAACGACGAAGAAGACCUUUCGCAGCUGCGCCUCAGCAUGAACGCGCCCGAGCAAGUCCAGCUCCCUUCCAACUCGCCCGUGUUCUCUCCUUACGUUUCUUCGUCGCCCCAGCUGCCCCCUCACCUGACUGCCGUUUCUCAGCCUGCUCCAGUCGCUGCCCCUGCUCCCGCUCCUGCUCCUGCUCCCGCCCCGGUUCCUCAGCCGAUCCGUCCCGAAGACGCUGUGCUCGUGCAGCUGUUCGAGAUGGGCUUUAUCGACACCGAUCUGAACCUGCGUCUCGCUGCCCAGCACCACUAUCAGCUGAAUGCGAUUGUGCACGCCCUCCUUUCGCACCGUUUCUGAGCGUGCCAUACCUUUUGCUGCGUGCUUUUGAAAUCGCAUGUGAAUGGAACAAAAAUCCGGACCCCCCUUUUUUUUGUUUGCAUUUUUUUUCGGUUCCUCCUCCUUUCUGUUUCGCACCGCACCGCAUGUACAUUGCAUCAUAAUAAUACACUUGUCUGUUUUUCUACCGA